AAUAAAGGUAGCACGGCCUGCCAGCCUCCCUCCCCGGCCGGUUAUCUUGUUCCCUCUUCCUUUCCUCCAAGCAUCUUCUCAUAAUCAACAUCGUCGAAAGUCCUAAGGAACGACAACAAACAAGAUGUUGAUGAAAUCUCUUCUGCCCGCUGCGGCGGCUGUCCAGAUGGCGGCCGCGCAGGAGCUGAUGCGCUUCGGAUGCUCGCAGCUGACCAUCGACCGAAUCGACCCCCUGGUCGAGCCGGGCAACAUGCCCUCGGCGCACAUGCACCAGAUCAUCGGCGGUAACUCGCUCAACGCCAGCAUGCACCCCGACGACCACGACCCCCCGACCGUCUCGACCUGCACGAGUUGCACGUACUCAGAGGACUUCUCCAACUACUGGACCGCCAACCUGUACUUCCGCGCGAGGAACGGCACCUACAAGCGCGUCCCGCAAUUCGCCAACCUCGGUCUCGGCGUCGAAGCCGGCAUGACCGUCUACUACAUCCGGGGGUACCAGCCCAGCGCCAAGGUCACGGCCUUCCCUCCCGGAUUCCGAAUGCUCGUCGGCGACCCGACAAACCGACAAGCGAGCACGAUGCAAAAAGGGCUGUGCUACCGAUGCGAAGCGAACAUGCAGCAGAACCCAUUCGGCGGGGCCCCCUGCACGGGGCAAGACACGCAAGCGUUCCCGAAGCAAGCGUGCGGGGGCGGGUGGCGGGUAACAGUGCACUUCCCGUCGUGCUGGGACGGCAAGAACCUCGACUCGCCGGACCACAAGACGCACGUAGCGUACCCGGCGUCGGGGACCUUCGAGUCCGGGGGCGCGUGUCCGAGCACGCACCCGGUGAAGAUCCCGCAGAUCAUGUACGAGAUCAUGUUCGACACGCGCGCGUUCAACAACAAGGCCGAGUGGCCUGCCGAUGGCUCGCAGCCCUUCGUCUGGAGUAUGAAUGACACUACUGGCUACGGUCUGCACGGAGACUACCUCUUCGGCUGGAAGGGAGAUGCCCUUCAGCGCGCUAUGGAUGGCAAGUGCUCUGGUGACCGAUGCGCGCCGCUGCAGAGGCAGACGGACCAGGCUGCUAUCGACUGUGUUAAGUCCCAGAGCGUCAAGGAGGAUAUUGGUGAUGGAUGGCUUACCAGCCUCCCCGGAUGGUAGAUCACCAUUCCCACGGCGGAAGAGGCAACGGCAGGCCAGGGAUGAGGUCUUGCUUUGCCUGGAGUUAUUAUUGUUAGCUGGGAAGAGAAGGGGACCUGUUAGACUGACCUGUUAAAUCUUUCCCCUGCACCCCUGUUAAUCUCGUCACGAAUAAAUACCAUUAUACACACAUCGUCUGAAAUAGUGAAUU